AUUUCUUGUAUUUAUUUUUUAUUUAUUCAUGAAAGCAGCUAUAAAACUUAUUAUGAUAAAUAUUAAAUUGUUGCCGCUCAUAGUUCAUUGUGAGAGUCGAUUUUGUGCAAUUUUAUGAUUUUAUUGCUAGGUGAGGGUAUCACUUUAAGAAACGCGGAACAGGGAAGUUGUCGACCUCUCUGGAUAUCGCCUAUAUGGCUUUUCUCAUGUCCAGUGCAGAGUAGCGCAGGGAGCCGGCGCGAAAUGUUGUUGUUGUCGUUAUUAUUAUGAAAUAACUAAUGUUAUUUAUUCUCCUUUAUUCCUGAAACAUGAACAGGUCCCAACUCAAACGAUCCAGAAUAUUAAGAAUGGCAUUCACAGACUACAGUCGUCCGGGGGACAAAGGAGAGCCCUUUAUUCUGAGAGCGGUCAAAAUCGCAUUGGUCGUGACUCUCUACUGGUUUGUUUCGAUUUCCAUGGUAUUCCUGAACAACUACCUGUUAGACAACAAGGACCUAAAUGCGCCUCUCUUCAUCACAUUUUUCCAGUGUGUUGUUAGCGUUGGACUAUGUUUGCUCAUGAACGUUUUCUCAUACUUUUGUCCUGGAUACGUGGAUUUCCCGUCUUUGAAAUUUGAUUUGAGAGUGUCCAGAGAGAUGUUGCCUUUGACGGUCGUGUUCAUCAGCAUGAUCACAUUCAAUAACUUGUGCCUCAAAUAUGUGGGAGUUGCUUUCUAUACGGUUGGCCGCUCACUUUCCACCGUUUUUAACGUUAUUUUGUCCUACGUGGUUCUUAAACAGUCGACGUCUUUGUACGCGGUGCUGUGUUGUGGAGUCAUACUAGGUGGAUUCUGGCUGGGUGUGGACCAAGAAUCUGUGGCAGGUUCUCUUUCUUGGACAGGAGUCAUUUUCGGUGUAAUUGCCAGUCUUUGUGUAUCUCUCAAUGCCAUCUUCACAAAGAAAGUGUUGCCAGUGGUGGAUGGAAAUAUCUGGAAGCUCUCUUACUACAACAACCUCAAUGCUAGUGUACUUUUUAUUCCCCUUAUUGUAAUUUUUGGGGAACUUAAAAGCUUGUUUGAGUUUAGCCGACUGACACAUUUACAUUUUUGGGGCAUGAUGAUUGUAGGUGGAGUCUUCGGCUUUGCAAUUGGAUACGUGACGGGACUUCAGAUCAAGUUCACUAGUCCAUUGACGCACAAUGUGUCCGGCACAGCCAAAUCCUGUGCACAGACUGUAUUGGCAGUUGUCUACUCGGCGUCCCAUAAGAGUGCGCUCUGGUGGACAAGCAAUAUGAUGGUGCUGGUUGGAUCCUGUGCCUACACCUGGGUCAAAGGACUUGAGAUGAAGAAAGUGCCUGUGGAAACACAAACCAUAAACACAGAGAAAAUUAAAGAUGACCCAGGGGUGUGAAAAAUACUUUAGGAAUAUCUUUGUUGUUGAGACUGUCUGUUUAUCACACACAUACACACACAAACAUGUGUGUGUGUGUGUGUGUGUGUGUGUGUGUGUGUGUGUGUGUGUGUGUUUUAUGGGCAUUUGAAUAUUUCAUGUAUAAACAUUUACUUUGUACUGUAAAUGAUUAUUAAAACCUGUUUAACAAUACUCUA